GGGAUGUCCUAGUUGCCUCAAUCUAGCUUGCUCGCAGUCACCGCUAUUCGCUAGGAAUAACGUUAUUGCUGGGCAACUGAGACAAUUACCAGACCGACGCUCAGUAACAGUAGGACUGGGUUGGGCAUUGUGGACACGUUGGAUAUAGCUUACAGCCGAGCAAAAGCAAGGAUAUUUCUUUGGAAAAGAGGGGAUGACGUAGCGGCCCGCGUGUGUGUGUGUGUGUGAGGUGACCCUUGUGUAGCGGAGCAGUCAUGAGUCUCACCUCCUGGUUCCUGGUGAGCAGCGGGGGCACGCGGCACCGCCUCCCACGAGAGAUGAUCUUCGUCGGCCGGGACGACUGUGAGCUCAUGCUGCAGUCACGGAGUGUGGACAAGCAGCAUGCUGUCAUCAACUAUGAACUGGCCAGCGACGAGCACAAAGUCAAGGACCUGGGCAGCCUUAAUGGGACGUUUGUAAAUGAUGUCCGGAUCCAGGAGCAGACCUACAUCACUCUGAAGACAGAUGACAAGUUGAGGUUUGGAUAUGAUACCAACCUGUUUACUGUGGUACGAGGAGAACUUCAUGUGCCAGAGGAGGCUCUUAAGCAUGAGAAGUUCACCAGUCAGCUACAGCUGGGCAAGAAGCCCACCACCGCAGAGCCCGCCAAGACCCCCAAGACCAAACCAGCGGCCACUAAGACCCCGGAGAGAAAGGCCGCCGAGCCCAUCAUGGAACCUCCGGCCAAACCUGCAGAGCCGCAGAGAGGAGACGAGAAGACAGGGGACAUCGCCGCACUCCACAGAGGAACUCCGCUCUACGGGCAGCCAUCUUGGUGGGGCGACGGUGACGCCGAUGAUGAGAACUCCUUCAAGCAGGAGACCAAGACAUGUGGGAAGAAGCAGGAGAACUGUGGGAUAGAGAGCAGGGAAGGCAAGAAGGGUGAGAAGGAGAGGGCCAAGGAGAAUGGCCUGGCUUCCCUCGGGACCGACCCCGGCGGCUACUUAGAGCUCGCCAGCAAGGAGGGCAGUGUGAUGGCCAGCAACAACAACGGCAGCAGCAGCAUCCACGAGGUCCCCACCAAAGACACCGAGGACUCGGCCGCGUCCGCCACCAACACGGCCGCCACGGCAGGCUCCUCUCAAGGCCACGCGUCCUUCACCAUCGAGUUCGACGCCGGCUCGCCGGGGAAGGUCACCAUCAAGGACCACGUGGCCGCCAAGCUCUCCGGCGGCGGCAGCGCCAGCGGUCGCGCCAAGAAGUCGGGGCCGACCGCCAAGGACCUGAGCACGCUGCAGGCGGCCAUGAUGGCGUCCGAGACCAAGGUGGCCGAUUGGCUGGCCCAGAACGACCCGCCUCUGGUGCGGAGGGAGUCUGCCGAGGACGACAACAAGACCAUCAACAGCGAUGUGCCGGUCCACUUCCGGAGGCUGAAAGGCAGCAAGCAUGCGGACGGAACCCAGAGCGACUCGGAGAACGGUCCAGGCCUUCGCUUCGGCAGCCGCAGGCAGGCCCUCGAGGAGCGCCUGAGGGCAGGCGGCCGGGUCAAAGGUGACGGCCCGUCUCCGGCCUCGUCCACCACCAGCGCCGCGGCCAUGAUCGAAGUUCUCUGACGAGGACAACCAGCAUAGCGCCGCCCUCCCUUCUCCCAGACUGCACCUCUCCUCGGCGUGGGCGUGGCCGGCGUCGGAGGCGGCGGCGUAGCGUCGGCAGGAGAGGGUCUGUGUCCCACGCCGCCCCCCGCGCGGCCCAAGGCCGUUGCCAUGGAGAGCUCCGAGGGCGGGAAGGGCAGCGGGUCGGCCAUGUUGAGGCAGCGGUCAGAGGAGCCCAGCGCCAGCGCGGCCAGCCGCAGCUCGGUCGCCACGGGGAAGUCGGCCAGUCCCACGGAGGAGACGCAGAAACUGGACGGGGGAGACGACCAGAGCGACAAGGGCACCUACACCAUCGAGCAGGAGAUCCGCAACCCCGAGGAGGAGGAGGCCAGGCGCAUGAUUGACAAGGUGUUUGGAGUGGAGGGGAGACGGGACCCGUCCAGCGAUGGCCAGCAUCCAGGAGAAGGGAAACCCAGCGAGAGCAAGAAGCCAAGCAGCAAGACAGCCGAGGUUGUCCCUGACGACCAGGUGGCUGUCGGGAGCCCCCACUGGGUGUCACAAUGGGCCAGCCUGACGGCCAAUCACACGCGCACAGACCCCGAAGGUUCCGGGGCGGAGCCCUCUGCCUUUGUGCAUCAGGAGAGAGAACCCGACGCAUUCGAGUCCAGCGUGUCCCAGAGGAGUGGCGGCUCCACCACGUCCAGCCUGACGGAGCGCAAGAGGAGAACGCUUCCCCAGCUGCCUGCCGAGGAGAAGCCCAAGCUGGCCAAGGGCCUCCCGCUGGGCAGCCUGGGUCUGCGCUCAGAGAUCGGGGAGAAGCAGGACACGGAGCCGCAGGAGAAGGAGAACGGGCACAAGGGAGACGGGCAGAGCCUGCCCUCCGUCGAGAAGGGCACUGCCAACGGAGUGGUGGCGCCGUCGGAGGGGAAGGGCGCGGGGAAGCGUUCGUCGGAGGAGGGGGGCGUCGGCGGGCGCAGGAGGAGGGGGCAGGAGGGCCGGGGGAGUGGGAGCGAGAGCGAGAAGUCCGGCAGGCCGCUGGUGCGGCAGGGCAGCUUCACCAUGGAGCGGCCGAGCAUGACGGUGCCCGCCGAGCUGAUCCCCAUCAUCGGCCGCGGGGGAGGCGAGGGGGCGAAGGCGGCGCGCGAGCGCAGUGACUCCACGGGCUCCAUGGACACGGCCACGCUGCUGAAGGACACCGAGGCCGUCAUGGCCUUCCUGGAGGCCAAGCUCCGCGACGAGGGCCGCCAGGAGAAGAAGCCGCUGCCGCCGGGAGGCUCCGUCACAUCCGGCUCGAAGGGCCAUCAUCAUCGGCCCGCGCGCACGGGAGGCUCCAUCUCACCGGAGUCGGACGUGGACACCAACAGCACGGUGAGCCAGACGGCCGGCUGCCGGCGGCCCGGCGCCGGGCCCGCCGCCCGCCAACGCCGCUCGCUCAGCAGCCUGCACCGCGAGAAGAGCAACGCCAGUGCCGCGUCGGUGGCCGCCACACGCGCCGCCGCCACCACCGCCCGCGAUCGCCUGGAGCGCAAGGCCUCCAAGAGCCGGCCCUCCACCACCCAAACCCUCUCCGGCAACACCGGCACGCACCGCGGACGCCAGCCAUCGCUGGACCUCACCGACGACGACCAGACCUCCUCGCACGCGCUGUCCACCAUGUCCGACGUGCUCUCCUCCGACCAGGACACGCCCUCCAGUCGCUCCUACGGCCGCGGCGGCCACUUCGCCUCCACCGACGACCUCCUGAUGCUCUCCAAAACCACCUCGUCCUUGUCGGCCAAGACCUCCAGGGCCAGCAGGGCCCUCCACGCCAGCUCAGGGAGUCUGGCGAGCAGGCAGACCCAUCAGCAGCAGCAAGCGCAGCAGGCGGGUCUCCCCACACCCAGGCCCACCCGGGCCUCCUUGCUCCGCAGGGCCCGCCUCGGGGACGCGUCGGACACGGACCUGGCCGACGCCGACCGCGUCUCCGUGGCGUCGGAGGUGUCCACCACCAGCUCCACGUCGCGGCCGCCGUCCGGCAGGAAGGCCCCGUCGCGGAUCGACAUGCUGGCUCAGCCGAGGCGCACGCGGCUGGGCUCCAUCUCGGCGCGCAGCGACUCGGAGGCCACGGUCGGCGUGCGCAGCGCCGCGUCCAGGGUCUCCGCGGAGACGGCGCUCCGGCUGGGCUUGCGGCAACCGGCGCCCGGCGACGGGAAGCUGACACAGAAGUCCAGAGCCAGCAGCAUCUCCAAGCUCAAUGAGGUCAAGGCCAAGGUCGCGCCGCCUACACAUGGAUCCCCUUCCGAGAGCCCUGAGCAAGUUCCAGAAACUCUCCCAACCGCAGAGGAGAUUAUGGUGAGCAGCCGAUGGCGCCGUCUGACCCCGGAGUACGCGUCCACCUCGGAGGACGAGUUUGGGUCCAACCGUAGCCUGUCCAAGCACGGGCGUCCUCUGCGGGCGCCCCCGGCGCUGCGUGGGCCCAGGGGGGGUCUCGGGGGGUCGGGCUCGGCCCCCCCCACGCCAGGAGCGGGCAGCGGGGUGCUGAAGCAUCGCAUGCGCGAACACGACGAGUACAUCCGCGACUGGACUGCACACAGCGAGGAGAUUGCCAGGAUCAGCCAGGACCUGGCCAAGGACCUGGCCAUCCUGGCGCGGGAGAUCCACGACGUGGCGGGCGAGAUCGACUCGGUCAGCUCCUCGGGCACGGCGCCCAGCACCACGGUCAGCACGGCCGCCACCACGCCCGGCUCCGCCAUCGACACCCGCGAGGAGGUAUGGGGACAACUGGUGGACCGGGUCUUCGAUGAGAGCCUAAACUUCCGAAAGAUUCCGCCCGUGGUGCAGACCAAAGCCCCCGAGAUCAAUGGCCGACCGGUUGAGCUGAGACCACGUGCCCCUGACAGCCUGGACCCAAAUGCUGCCCUCCGGCGCCGCACGUGGAACCGGGAUGAGGCGGUGCUGGACAGCCUGCUCCUCACGUCCGUCUCACAGCUCUCAGGCAAGAUACGCCAGUCUGUGGACAAGACAGCAGCUAAGAUCAGAAUACUGUUCAAAGACAAAGACAGAAACUGGGACGACAUUGAAACCAAACUGCGAGCGGAGAGCGACAUUCCGCUCCUCAAAACAUCCAACAAGGAGAUCUCAUCCAUCUUGUUAGAACUGAAGCGGGUGGAGAAACAGCUUCAAGUGAUCAACGUGAUGGUGGACCCUGAUGGCACCCUGGAUGCCUUAACCAGCCUGGGCCUCACCAGCCCGGUGCUGUCCAAGCCCAGGCCCAGCCCCAGCUCCCAGACCCCUCCAGCCCCGCUGCCCGGCCCAGGGGCCACAAAGGCCCCCUCAGGGGCCACCUCGCCUGGGGACUGCCAGCGGAGCCUGGGCCUCGGCUUCACCCGGACCCUCCCCAGCGGGGAGGAGGCUGCCGCCGUCGCCAGCAAGUGAAGAAGAACAUGUACACACACACACACACACACACACACACACCAUCCAUAGAUGAUCCAACAACACACACAAAUAUAUUACCUAACUACACACACACACA